AUGGGCAGAUACACUGGCAGGGGGAAUGGAAGAAAGAGACAAGCAAGCGAAAGGUCAACGAUCGAUCAUACAUACUUAGAUCAAGAAGCUCUGGCAAUACAAACAUGUAUUGGAUCAAGUCGAUAUGUUUGGUAUCAAAAAUGUUCACCGAAGAUGCUUGGUGAAAUCUUGUUCCCUGAGAACAAGAUCAAAGAUCUUGAAAGAUCUGUCGAACUGUUUACUUGUGAUCACGUUCAUUGA